AUGAAAGGAAACAUAUUCUCAUAUAUAAGUUGUUUAGAAUGUUCAAGUUGUUCUACUACAUACAAUUGUGAUCAAAUUAUAAAUGUUUGUAGAGAAUGUGGAAUGGCUUUGAUGGUUAAAUACGACAUUGAGCGACUCUCAAAGGUAUGGAGUAAGUCUAUGUUGGACGGAAGAGAACCUUCACUCUGGCGAUACCACGAGCUGCUACCGGUGCGUAGCCAAGAGAAUGUUGUGUCGCUGGGCGAAGGAAUGACACCUUUGAUACGAGCCAACAAUCUGGAAAAGUAUCUCGGUGUCGAUACCAUAUUUAUAAAGGAUGAAAGUCAGAUGCCAACUUGCACCUUCAAGAGCAGAGGUUCGUCGGUUGCUCUAUCGCGAGCCAAAGAGCUCGGAGUAAAAAGAGUGGCACUUCCAACCAAUGGAAAUGCUGGAAGUUCAUGGGCAUGCUAUGGCGCCAGAGGUGGAGUUGAUGUAAUCAUUGCAAUGCCAACAGAUGCAACAAAGUCUGCGGUAGAGGAAUCAAUUGCUUUUGGCGCAAAAGUUGUAUUAGUAGAUGGAUUAAUAAAUGAUUGUGGCAAAAUAAUUGGAGAAUAUUUAAAAACAGAUAAAACAUGCUUUGAAGUAUCAACUUUAAAAGAACCAUAUAGAUUGGAAGGAAAAAAAACUAUGGGAUUUGAACUUGCAGAACAAUUAAAAUGGAAAUUUCCAGAUGUAAUUAUAUAUCCAACUGGUGGUGGAGUUGGUUUGAUUGCAAUUUAUAAAGCUUUUUUAGAACUAAAGGAAUUAGGUUGGAUAGAAGGUAAUUUACCGAAAUUUAUUUCAGUACAAGCAAAAGGAUGCUCUCCACUGAAAGAAGCCUAUGAUAAAGAUGAAACCCAUUGUACUAUUUUUGAAGGUGCGAGUACCGUUGCUACCGGUAUGAGAGUUCCAAAGAGUUUUGGUGAUUUUAUGAUAAUAAGUAUAAUUAGGAAAACAAAUGGUCAUUUUAUAACGGUGGAAGAAGAUGAAAUCCUGGAAAUGUACACAGAUGUUCCAAAGAGAGAAGGUAUAUUUUUGGGUGUAGAGGGUGCCGCUGCGGUUGCAGGCGUAAAAAAGGCAGUUGACAGUGGUGUAAUCAAACAUUCCGAUAGAAUAGUUAUAGUAAACACUGGAUCUGGCUUGAAAACACCCGGUGUCAUAGUUCGUUCAAUCAAUCAAUCAAUCACAAUCAGUAAUCAAUCGAAACACAAUCAACAAUCAUCGGAAAUUUAUGAAGGAAAAUCACCAACUUAUUCAUUAAAUAGAGACACCAAAGUUUUCGCAAUAGAGCACUCUUUGAUGAUUGAUUUAUCAUAUAUCAGUACUACUACUAUAAAACCUGUCAUCACACUAAAAAACAAAACAGAAUUAAAUAAUACUCAUCAUUCAUUUUAUAAUAUUAUUUUUAAUUGUAUUUUAAAUCAACAAACCAAACAAACACAUCAACAACCACCACCAUCACCACAAAACAUGUCAACAGUGACUACACUACCAAUACAGUAUACCAGUCACACUGGUAUUCCACCUCAGAGUUCGUAUUCAACCAAUACCAACAUUCCGAAUACAAACAUGGUUGUUGAGCAGAUCAAUCAUUCAUUGGAUCAACAGCAACAACAACAACAACAACAACAACCAUCAUUACCGCAGCAACCACAACCACAACAACAACAGUGGUUCGAUAUCAAUAUUGAAGGAAUCAAUGGAAACAAUAAUAACAAUAACCAUGCCAACGGAAAUAGUAACAACCAAAACAACCAAAACAACGGUAAUGGUCUUUCACAGGAGAUGUAUUUCAAUAAUGUCAACAACAACAAUGCGACACUCUCGGCAAACAAUGCACUGCAGUCACCUGCAGACACCAAGAAAACAAAACAAGUCAUAUUUAUUAUGGACACAACUGCAAUGAUGUCUCACUUUUUCCCAACUUUAAAAUCAACUUAUCUGGAUCCUUUAAAAGCCUCAUUAGAAUCAUCGACUGAUAUGAAUAUAGACUAUGGAUUGAUAUUCUUUAGAGAUUAUCCGCCAUAUGCAGACUACAUUGUCAAUCCAUCAGAGUUGACAAACAACCUGACCAAACUCUUUAAUUGCAUGGUCAAUACCAAGUUUGUUGGCGGUGGAUUCACCAAUGGCAAUGCAGUAGCAGAAGGUCUGUGUUCGGCACUUCGCAUCAGCUCCAGAAAGAGUGCUGAUGAGAAGAGUUUUAUUUUAAUCUCCAACAGCCAGCCAAGAAUUUCACCUUGUAAACUUUGUAAUCUUGGAGAUUGUUAUAGACACAUUGAUGAAUGUAUACAACAAAAGAUAAUGUUGUCUUUUAUAUGUCCUCAAAAGAAUCAAUUCACAAAGAACAUAUCAGAGAGAAAUGGUUAUGAAUUCGAGGAUUUGACUAUUGAAUCUAACCCAAACUUUGUUCGACUAAGAGGACUGCCCUAUUUCAAUAUAAAUCAUACAAAUCAGUUGCCGGCAAAUCACAACAAUAAUAAUGUCGCUGAUCAAGCACAACAACAACUGCUGUUGUCACCUCCCAUUCAUUCAAAUGGACCAACAACCAAUCUAAAUACUUUGGCCAAUAAUAAUACCAAUAAUAAUACUAACAAUAAUAGUAAUACAACACUGCCAUCGCAACAACCACAACCAACACAACAGCUAGCAAAUCAACAGGUAUUACAACAAACACCAAACAACAACAACAACAAUAGUAACAAUAUUACUCCAUUGGUAAAUGGAACAAACAAUAACAAUAACACUGCACAGAAACUUCCAAAUGGUUUAAUGUCACCGAGUCUCAAUACAACGAAUCCACUAAAUGGCUAUCUAAGUCCAAGUAUUUCAAACAAUACAGUUGUAAAUUCUCCGUCGAUCACCUCUCCCUCUACACCUAGUUUACAAAACAAUCUUAACAAUAUCAAUAACCAACAACAACAACAUCUAUCAAGUAACCAAACAACACCGGCCAUGCCAAGCCAUACCAAUAAUAAUAAUAAUAAUAGUAAUGUUGGUAAUGGUGUUCCUCCAAAUGCAGAGGUUAUUGAUAUUACUCAAUCUACGCCUUCAAUUGUUCCAUCCUUACAAUCCCCACAAUCAAACCAACAAACACCAGUUCAUCAACACCAACAACAACCACAACAACAAUUUCCAAACUAUCUUCCACAACCGCCACCACCAAAUAUACAAAUGGGUGGCAGUCCUAAUCAUUUAAUUCCACAACCACCUGCAAACACUAAUAAUAAUAAUAAUAACAAUCAGCUUCAUACUCCUACCAACAUUAAUGUAGAAAGUUCACCGCAACAACCCAAUCAGAUUCCACCACAGAUACAAAACCAUCUUUCACCAAAUGUCACUCACCCAUCAUCACCCUAUGUAAACUACAACAACAACAACAACACAAACAACAAUACAAAUAAUAAUACUUUUGUAAACAAUAAUAAUGUACAGAAUAAUAAUGUUAUCAACAAUCCUAACAACAAUAUUAAUACACAAGGAUUGCAAUCACCUCCUCACCCACAACAACAACAACAAAUGGUUGCCAAACAGGCACCAAUGACACAUGCCAAACCACCUUCUCAAUCACCUUCGCCACUGAUAAACAAACAAAUGACUCAAAUGAAUCCCAAUCAAUAUAAUAUGCUUAAUGGACAACAACAACCACAAGCAUCUCAAAUUCAACAACAACAGCAGAACCAACCAAACCAACAACAACAACAAGCAACACAAGCUUUACAAAACGGACAGAGACCGCCACCACCCAAUAACAUGCAAAGACAAUUGUCAUCACAAGCAUUCUCACAACCAUCGCCAGCAACUCCACCCAUUGCCAACACAAUCAACAAUGCCUCUGCGGUUGCAGGCUCUGCCAACAACAUCAACUCUUCGCCACCCGGUCAACAACAUGCUAAUCCCAAUAACUUUGUACAGCAACAACAACAAAAGAAACCUGAUAUCGUAUGGUCUGGCUCGCUUGGCUUCAACGACAUGUCGAAACCACUGCCGUUUGCACACGUCGCCGCCACUGUGCUGCGCAACACCAUUGAGAAUAUCAACCCUUGCAUCGGUUGGCCUGAAACACUCGUCAUUAGCGGAAUUAUGACUGAACACAACAAUGAAAUGUUGAUGCAUCACAUGAAGAAUGCAAUUCAACUUGGAUUUAGUCGUCAGCAGAGGAUUCCUGCUACCAGAGUUUGUGUUGAAGCCACAUGCACAACCGCCACCACUCCAACAGCAGAAUCCUCAGGCUCUCAACCACUCGGCACCAAACACACCCAACUCACCGCUACCCAACACGCCAACAACCAACCACAACGUUGGAAUGAUGAACACCUCUCCCAAUGCACCAAGAAGCACCAGUCUACCGAAUGUGAAUCCACAGUUCAAACCGGCAAUCGCCGUCAAUGGAAUGGUUCCACAACAGGCAAUGGUAGCCAAGCAGGCACCGCAGCAGCAGCAGAUGCACCUCAAUCAACACAAACCACUCCAAACAACAUGAUGAGUCCACAACAACCAAACAACAUUCAACAGAACCAACCACCCCAAAGAGCUCAGUCGUUUGGUGCUCCAGGUGGUGUUGGUGUUGCACAGCCAAUCCACAACAACAACAAACCACCACUGCAGCAACCAAACUCGCAGCAGCAACAAGUACCACAACAACAACAACAACCAACAGCAAUGAGUAUCCAACAACAAAAUCAACAAAUGUUACAAACACUACAACAGCAACAACAAAAGAUAGUUGGUCAAUCUCAACCACCACAACAACAGCUUGUCAAUCAACAACAAAAUAUGGUUGGUUUACAACAACAACAACAACCAAACAACAUGCAACAACAAAACAAUCAAACUCAACAAACUCAACAACCACAACAAUUCAAUCAACAACAACAACAAAACAACAUACAACAACAACAAAACCUAUAUAAUCAACAACAAAAUCUACAGCAACAGGGACAGUUCCACAACCCACAACAACAACAACAACAAUUUAAUCAACUUCAAAACCAAAUGCAUCCAAACAUUCAACAAGGACAAACCAACUUUAUUCCAAAUCAACCUCAGAAUCUUCAAAACAUACAACAAAACCUUCAGAACAUUCAACAACAACAGAACCUGCAAAACAACCAACAACAGCAAUCAAACAAUAUGGUUCCACAACAACCCAACCAAAACAAUAUGAUGCAACAACCAAACAACCUCCAACCCCAGUUCCAACAAUAUCAACAGAAUCAACAGAUGUUCAAUAAUAAUCCUCAAAUGAUAAACAAUAUUCAACAAAGACCAAUGGUUGCCGGACAAAUGAUAAACAAUAUGCAGCCACGACCAAUGGGUGCCGGACAACAAUCACCUCUACAAGUCAAUAAUAACAUGAUGCAACCUCAACAACAAGUAAACAACAUACAACAACAAAAUAAUAUGCAACAACAACAACAAAACAAUAUGAUACAACCUCAACAACAAAAUAACAAUAUGAUGCAACAACAACAACAACCAGCUCAACAACAAAAUAACAUGAUGCAAUAUCAAAAUAACAUGCAACAACCAAAUAAUUUACAACAACAACAACAACAAUUCAAUCAACAACAAAAUAAUAAUAUGAUGCAACAACCAAAUAAUUUACAACAACAACAAUUUAACCAACAACAACAACCUAUUUAUCAACAAACGAUGCAACCUAACAAUAUGAUGCAACAGAUUGCAAUGCAGGCAGGUACUGCACAACAACCGAUCAAUCUUAACAUGAAUGUAGUUCCGACCUAUCAACAACCAAUGACACAACAAAAUAUGUAUACAAACCAACAAAACACACAAUCACAAUCACCAGUACCAGUGCCCUCGCCCAUCCCUGUACCUUCGCCAAUACCAGUUCCCUCACCCAGUAACGCUAUCAAUGUAGAUUCCGACGACCAAACCAACAUCAAACGAUCAAAACGUGGAACAUCGUCAGCCGGCAAACAAACUUCAAAAAAAGGAAAGAAAUAA